AUGAUGCAGUGGAAGGUCGAAGACUUAGUGCAGGAGAUCAACCACUUGGAGGCAUUGGAAAGUAAAAGCAAGAGCAAGACCCUCAUUGACAAAAUGGUUGCCAGUAUGGAAAGUAAGUUCAAGUGUCUUCCAACUCUUACACCAGGAAUUACAUUGAAGAUCAUGGAUGCAAUCGAUGACAGCAAACUAUGCCUUGAAACAAAGGACAAGUUGCUCAAUUGUGUGGAUUCCUGCACUGGCCCUGCUUCCAAUGUCAAGUUGGCUGCAGCACAACAAGGAGUUGCUCAUUUGCCUAUGUAUUUCACUUCCACAGACUGGCAGAAGCUGCAGGAGGCAGUGAUGCACAGAGAAGUCUUUGAAAUCAUUGCCAGUAGAAUGAAGCUCAUGGGCUUGGUCUCUAUGAAAGAAGAAGUGAAGGCACAAGCGCUUGCCAUAGUCCUUCAUUGGAUGGACAGCAAGGGCAAUCCUGUACCAGAGCCUUGGCCAUUGUAUUACCUGGUCAAAGAUUUUUCCAAGGUGUUCAUGGCAACACGAUUGACUUGCCCAGUUGCUUCUUUAGCAACUUAUCCUUGGAGACCUGCUGACCUGGGUGAAGAAUGGCUUGCCAAAGUCUAUGGCAAAGAAUUGCCAAUGAACAAAGAUCAUAAUUUGGGUCAAUACUUGCGCAAGAUUCCUUUGAGGUCUACAAGUCAUUUGCUGAAA